AAAGGAAGCAUACCAAAACGAUUCAUAGUGAAGAUAAUGAUAUUCGUGGCGUGUACAGCAUCGUUCAUGUUGCGUGUUCAUAUGUCGAUAAAUCUGCUAGCCAUGAUACAGCCAAUUACCAUCUCGACAAAUAAUAGCUUUAUUAUGCUGGACAAUAUCACUACAACUCUCUCGAACUUCGAAAAUGUGCCGAUAAUCUCUAAAUCACCACUCGAUAACGGUUACUUCACUGCUAUACCACCUGUUCCUAACUAUGGAUCACGCUACGAUUGGACUCAAAACAUGCAGAGUCACAUUUUAGGAGCCUAUUUCUACGGUUAUUUGUUGACAUCUCUUCCUGCUGGACCGCUUGCCGAGCGAUAUGGUCCGCAACGUUUGAUCGGAUACUCAUUCCUGUUAUGUGCUAUUGUCACGGCACUAUUCCCUGUCUUUGCUGCCAUCGAUGCCUGGAUUGUAGUUAUGGGACGUUUCCUGAUCGGUUUACUUAGCGGAUGUGUUUAUCCGACUCUGCACAAUGUAAUAUCUCGAUGGAUUCCGCCAAAUGAAAAAAGUAAAGCGGUAGCCUGCAUCGCUGGUGGCAGUACGUUUGGCACAGUAGUAACGUGGCCUGUUGCAGGGCUUUUAACAGAACAUUUCGGAUGGGUAUAUGCUUUCUAUGUGCCGGCAUUCCUAGCCGGUCUAAUUGGAAUUGUUUGGUUGUGGUUGAUUGCCGAUUCUCCAAGUGUGCACAAGACCAUAACAAAAAAAGAACGCGAUCUAAUAGAAACUUCAUUUGGCGGUACUAUAUCUACUAUGAAAGCCAAACCUCCAUUUUGGGCGGUUGUUACAUCUCUUCCAUUCAUCGCACUCAUCCUAUCACAUUACAGUAGCUUUUGGGGACUGAAUUUUUUUGUUACACAGGCUCCAAAAUUUAUGAACGAAGUAUUGGGAUUCGACAUAGCCAAUGCGGGCUUUUUGUCCAGCUUACCUUAUUUGGCACGCAUGUUCUCUGGAUUCUUUUUUGGAUACAUUGGAGAUUUAUUGCGCCGUAACGAACGCAUAAGCGUAACGGCACUACGCAAGUCAUUCAUUCUAUUUUCACAUUUUCUACCUGGAUUUUUUCUGCUUGCACUACCCUUUAUCGCGCAGAAUCCCAUGGUAACAGUUUCGUGUAUAGUUGCAUGUCUCGGCUUCAACGGUGCAUCAACGAUAACUAACCUGGUCAAUGCACAAGAUUUGGCACCAAACUUUGCUGCUACUUUGUACGGUAUGAUGAAUUUUCUCGCAACAACAGCUGGCUUUCUAGCUCCAAUGAUCGUGGCAGUUUUCACGAAAGAAAAGAGCACAAUGGACGAAUGGAAGUAUGUGUUUCUUUUGACAGCCGGAUUCUAUAUUAUUUCCGGUAUCAUAUUUAUUCUAUUUGGUUCAGGAAAAACACAAGAAUGGAAUGAAAUCAAGGAACAACCUCCUACAGAAACGUUUAGAAGAACUUCUAGCAUUGAAUUGUAA